CAUAUGUUCAUACAUGCAUCUUAAUUGUUGUUAUAUUUAUUAAUAUCCAUAUAGGGUAAUGUUUGACCUCUGACUUCUUUGAUUGGAUGCCAAGGGCAUCCUGUAUGUUGUUGCAUGAAUCAGUGUUGUAUAAAUAUGACCCAUCAUCCUUAAUAAAGUUGAGAAUUUUAUGGUAGUGCACUAGCUCUCUAUGUCUGCUUGAUCCAUUAAUUAAUUUUAAUCCGUAUUUUAAUCCAUCAGGCCAGUGCUGCAGCAAUGCAUCACUUCAUUUCCAUGAUGUUUUCACUGCUAGUCAUUACUGGGCUGCAGGUGAGUGUUGAGUCCACAGGAACACGUUCUGAGCGAAGCUUUAGCAGACAUUAUAAAUCAGAGCUGACUGUGACGAAUGGGGGGGGAUGGGGGUCGUGGGGUCACAGAGAAAUGUGUCCAACUGGAACGUACGCCGCAGGGUUCAGUCUAAAGGUGGAAGAUCAUAUUGGUUAUGGGGAUGAUACUGCACUCAACGGGAUUCGCCUUCACUGCGUUAAAAAGAAUAGUAAAGGCUCCUCAAACUCGUAUCACAGCUACGCCUCAGUUCAUUCAGAUGUAGGCAGCUGGGGUCGGUGGACUGAUAUCAAAUGGUGUCCUUCUGGAUUCUUGACUGCUUUUCAGCUGAGAGUUGAAAGCCCCCAAGGACCUGGUGACGAUACGGCCGCAAACAACAUCAUGUUCACAUGCAGUCGAGGGUCUUUACUGCAGGGUGAUGGCACACACUGGGGCGAUUGGGGCGACUGGAGUCAAACAUGUUACGGAAAAGGGAUUUGUGGUAUCAAGACACGGAUUGAAGAGCCGCAGGGCAUUGGAGAUGACACCGCUCUCAAUGACGUGCGCAUGUACUGCUGCGCUUAAGGUGUUAGAGGACCACAAGAACAGCAAGAAGAUGAGAUGGAUCAUAAUAACUGAUCAGCUUACUGUUAUAAGCUCACAUUAACCAUGUCAUACAACAGCCAGACCAGUCAAGUUCUUCCACACUGACUCAGUCAAUCAUUUCUUUUUGAAUCUUGCCUUAUAC